AUGGCAACGAAAAGGCGGUCCAGGUCCGGUUACUUUGCAAUUGAAUGUGGUGACCUUCUACAUCUGGCCUUCAAUGCCAGUGCGCGCCUCAACAACACGAUGGCCAAAGCAGCCUGCCAGGAGGCGGGUUAUGGGGAUUUAGCUAUUAUAGACUCACAGUCCGAGUAUGACCGCGUGCUGGACUACUUUAAUUCCACGUACGGUCCUGGAUACAUCCCACCCGAUGAUUUCUGGAUUAACGCCUACUGGGUCGAGAUUGCGCCUGGCAACUUCACCUGGUACUGGGAAAAGUGCGGUGAAAACGUGCUUGCGGCCUGGGCUAUUUGGGCUGCUGGCGAGCCGGACGGGAUUGGGACGCAGCUUUGUAGUCGAAUAACCAGGGGACUUGUCUACAGGACAAUAUUCUGUACAAACACAUUCGACGCCCUCUGUGAACAACCGGAUCCAGAUUUUGCUGAUAGAUGCUCUAUAACAAAGGAGCCUAAAAAAGAGGAAGAAUGCCUGUUAUUUGCAAGUUGCUGGUGGACCCCCGCCAAGGUCGGUCUGACGGCCGGUUUCUUCAGCCUUACGCUGUUCCUGUGUGUCCUAUGUGCGGGGUGGAACUGUAUCUGUGGAAACAAAAACAAGGUAGAUUAUGAGGAAGAUAUAUUUGAUUCUGACGACGAGGGUGAGCAUCCAGCCCCGAAUAUGAACAAUCCAGGGUCCCAUCCGCCCCCAAGGGUUCACAACAUUAAACGUAAUUACAACAUAGAUGAAGUUCCUCUUCCCAAUCUGCCCGCCCCGACGAUCCGAUCCGUGGUUUUGAAGAGGGAUGACGCUCCCUGGCUGUCACCGGAGGAACUCUCUUUCUCGAACAGACACGCUUACAAGGAGUAG